UUUGGUAACAUCGCGGACGUCACUGCCAUUGGUAGUCCUUUGGUCGUGUACAGUUGGGCUGAGCCGUCGUUGUAUUGUUUGCAUCGAAAACUUUUCAGGAUGAAAGUGCUAAGGUUAUUUUGUCUUACGGUGCUAGUUUGCACUGCCAGCUCUUCCAUGAGUGACGAAGAGAUGGCCAACAGGAUUCUGCAACGCGCCAGGAGAUCCUUGAAAGCUGAAGGUCGAUCGUUGAUAGAUUCGUUUCAACGUGCCUUAUAUGCGCUGCAGCAAGGCAGCACGCAAAUAGGAUCAGACUUCCUGAACAACUUGUUAUUCACUCUGGACUUCAUGACGCCGAGUUUCGGCUACGUGAUGACGUCGAUAUACGGCAAAGGUUACCGCCUAAACCCCAAAUUCAAAAAGUUCCUUCAAAUGUACAUGAAUGAAGAACAAAUUGCUGACCACAAUCACUUGAUGAGGGUGUUCGAAGAGACCUACCACGGCGAUUACGACCUGUACUUGAAGAGUGGCAAAAACGUGGCAGGAAAUUACAAAAACUCGCAGCCAAUUGAUGAAGCCACAAUGGAUUACUUGGGACGAGCUAUUAAAUCGAACUUUCCACCUGGAGAAGAAUACUCGACACCCCAACUUCUGGGUGGUGUUUUUUCUGUGCUGCAAGGUCUUGGAAGUCAGCCGCUUGCAGCUAAACCAUCGCCACAGCCACCGCAACCACAGCUGCCGCCUCAACCACCGCAACCACAACUGCCGCCACAGCCACCGCUGCAACUGCCGCCACAACCAACGAGACCACAGCUGCAGCUUCUACCACAGCGGCCGAUUCAGCCACAAAUUCUGCAGCCACAGCAGCCAAAGCUGCAACUGCCGCCGCCACCUCCGCCACGGCUGCCCCAACAACAAGUCUUCGAAGCUCCUGCCACGGGGUAUUCAGGCCCGACAACGUCAAGCGAACAGAAAGUCUUAUUUGACGCCGACGGGAACGUGUACCUGCGACCCAUCCCCUCUCAGCUUGCCCCGUCUGUCGGAGAUCCUCGCGCUUCAUCUAAACCUUCACCGCAACUCACAGCCCCUCAAAUACAACCUCCGCAGGCUCCAGUUGCUGGACUGAAUCAAGCGCACUCUACUGCACCAAUAGAACCUAGACAAUCUUUUGAAAAGUUGGGACAAGCAGCUCCGCCUCAAUUGAACCAUGCUCAGAACCAGCUGCCGAUUCCUCCAAACGUGCAGAGCUAUGUGCUGACGGAGAAAGUUCCUGGAUUAAACCUAGAACCCUUACCUUUGGAACCGCACUCGCAGUUUUCAAACGAGCCUUUAUCUGAAGGACGAAACUCGGACCCCCUCAAAUCUUCUGAGAAUCGGGUUCGACCUCCCACAAUAUUGGAUAUAGCGGAAAAUGAUCCAAGUGGAAAUGGUUUGCCUGACCGUAGUUCGCGCAUUGGUGCUGACGAGAAGCGCCAAGCAUCCAUUAAUGACUUUUUCGAGUCUCUAUCUCUGCAAAAUCCCAGCCUAUCCACAGAUGCCGACGUAUUUGAUUUAAACGAGGCGAGUGCCACUAAGGCCGGAGACGAAUCUUCCGUACCAAAGUUAAGACAAAAGCGAUUUGCCAAACUUCACGAAUCUGAGAAAUCUAAAAUUACUGCGUGUCCACCAGCUAAUGCAAAAUUGAUUUUAUGUGCUGGAGAUGCAUUAGUAGACAACAUUUUUAUUAACCCAGUGACGUACGUAAUGUCAUGGUUUGUGUAAAGGUUAACACUUGAGUUGACAGAAAUAAAGUACUGCAUAAACCACAAACUUUUUUGGUUGUCUGGGUACGUCCUGCAUUACAGUCUCUUGACACAUCUUCAUGAAGUGAAAAGUCCUUGCAUUAUUUCUAUAGAUGGAAAUUUUAGCUUCUGAAUGCCAAAUUAUGAAGAUGGAAAUUUGCAAAUACACGCUGCUUCCGCGGGAAUCGUGGAUUUUUAACCAAGACCUAUUGUUAAAUUGUGGUUACGUAUACUUGCGAAUUCCUACUAAAUAUAAAGUUUCAUUCUGCGCGAGAACCUGAAGGAUAAUUACUGCUCGCCAGAAACAAAUGGCAACUAUAAAAAGGCUGAAUUGGACGGCCGCUCCAUUUCGGGCAGUCAUUUGUACUGGCCUAGACUUACAUCGAUAGAUUGUGAGCAUUACCAGUCUUCUAAGGGCUCUUUACACUGUUGCGAGCACUAGAUAUUGGGGGCCUGAUUUUGAAUUGACAUAGGUUCGAUUUUUAUUUAAUCGUAAAAGUUGUAAUACGUACUUAGAAGAAAUCUAAGUUCGUUAUUGGAAGAUUCGUGCGCGUUUCUACUGUGCAUCUUUGAA